UUUUUACGCACAACACUUUAUCUCAAUUCAGGAGACGCGUCCUCCUCACAGGUGAAGUGUAUUUAAUCUAACAGGUCACAGUUCAGCCUCUCUCCUCCUCUCCGGCUCUGUGACUCUUCGCUCUGACCCUCUCCAUGAUCGAGCACCACCUGUGGCGGCGGCUGAGUCAGACACCAGCGCGCAUCGACUGAACCCCCCCCCGGCAAGCCGUUGUUUUUUUUUUUGUUUUGUUUUUUUAAAAAAUCUGGGUACAAUGUCCGCCUGAGAGCACAGAGCGAUGCCCGGCUCGGCUCUGCGCGGUGUUGCUGGAGCCGCCGACGUCCUCACACACACUCAGUUAAUCAUCUGCCCACGCCAGGAUGCUCCGCGCUGCGAAAAUCGGAGAAAUGUUUCCGCCCGCUCGUCAUCAGCGCUCUCCUGACUGGUCCGCGUAGACGCCGGAGCGCCUUCUGCCGCUGCCGAUUGUUUUCAAGUUUGUUUUUUUUUCCUGUCAUCGCUUCCGUCUUUUGACAGUGUGAGAUCAAGGUGUGAUUUUUUUUUCUUUUCUUUCUCUUCUCUCUCUCUCUCUCAUCGGGAGGCGCCCCGGUGAUCAUUAUUUUGUGUGGCCGCGCGCAGUAAUGCAAGCACAGGGGCUGCUGCCGGAGGCUGCCGGAGACCGGGACUGAGCGGAGGGACGAUCUGCGCGUCUUUUCUUGGACACAUCUCGGAGAUAACUGUGCUUUGUGGCUCCCUCAGCCUGCGCUCUUUCCCUCCUUGGCAUUGCGAUGUCUGCAAGAAAGACAUCGUUGACGGACAAGCAGACUAAAAACGGAACGUCAAAAUAUGUGUUGGAGAGAUGCGCGUCUAUUAACGAGUAUUAUGAUAUUGCCUUCAAGGUGAUGCUGCUGGGAGACUCGUCCGUGGGGAAGACGUGCGUCUUGGUGCGCUUUAAAGACGGCGCCUUUCUGGGAGGCAACUUUAUAGCCACCGUUGGAAUAGACUUUAGGAAUAAAGUGGUGGAUGUCGACAACCUGAAAGUCAAGCUCCAGAUCUGGGAUACAGCCGGCCAGGAGAGAUUCCGCAGCGUAACGCACGCCUACUACAGAGAUGCCCAGGCGUUACUUCUGCUAUAUGAUAUCACCAGCAAGCUAUCAUUUGACAAUAUCAGGGCCUGGCUGACUGAAAUACACGAGUAUGCCCAGAAGGAUGUGGUCAUCAUGUUGCUCGGCAACAAGUCAGACAUGACUGCAGAGAGGGUCGUGAAGAAGGAGGAUGGGGAGAGACUUGCGAAGGAAUACGGCGUGCCAUUUAUGGAGACGAGUGCGAAGACGGGAGUCAACGUGGAGCUGGCCUUCCUCGCUAUUGCAAAGGAGCUGAAGCACAGAGUGACACAGCAGCCCAACGAGCCCAAGUUCCAGAUACACGACUACAUCGAGUCUCAGAAGCAGAAGUCUGGCUGCUGUGGUCUGUAGCUGAUCGUGAUCGCCAGGCAGAGACAACGCAGAAAGAGAGAAAGAGAGAGAGAGAGAGGCAGGGAGGGAGGGGGUGAGGGAGAUAAAAGUGUUUGCUCUCUUACAACAAAAGCCAAUCCCAGCACCGAACCCGAGAAGUGGACACUCUCGUCUUCUCCACUGAGCUUUUAACCGAACGGAUCUGGAUUGGCCGCCAUCCCUUAUUGGAAAUGUGAAUUUAAAUCUCUUUUAUGUCAUUUGUAGAAAUGUUUGUUGUCUUUGUGGUGACAGUUGUAUUGAAUUACAAGUCAGGAGUUGCAAUCUGAAAUGCUAUAUCCAUCUGCAGGGAUAAAAGUGUGUAUAUUAUCAAUCUACUCUGUAUAGCUGCGAACGUAUGGGGUGUAGGGGGUGUCACCUCGUGGUCAGGGGACAUGCAGGGCACACGGACUGACUCAGUGGAGCACGGACCGCCACGCAGAGCGGGUAGUCAGAGCGAGCCAGCCAUGAGAAGCCGCUGUCAGACUCUCUGUGCCGCAGCUUGAGAGAGUCACGGCUUUACUACAAGAGGCUCUCUGGUCAUAGCCAUGCUUUUAAUCCAUAAGCCCUUAAUAUGUUGUUAAAGAGUAUAGCACAAUUAUCAGUGGGCCCAUAUGUUGUGUUUUGUUCGUGUGUGUCGUUUCAGGGGCUGUUCAGGCUUUGUAACACUCCCCGCAGCUUCACGUGAGCGUCAUGGUAAAAAAAAAAAAAAAAAGUGUCAGAAUGUGUCAAUUUUGCAUCAUAUAAUGGGAAUCUGUUGGCUGGGUAGAGCACAUAAAAAUAAUCUCACGUGUACGUCCUCUUAAAUGAAGGCAGGGCCUCGCUCAACCUCGUGUUUGAAUUGAAACUGUUUUCGGCUGUCUCAAAUGCUGCUGUUUAAAGAGGCCGUAUUGUGCUCAUUUUCCGGUUCAUACUUUCAUUUGGAAAGCCUGCUAGAAUAUAUUUACAUGUUUUAUUGUUCCAAAACAUGUAAUCUUUCUCAUACUGCAGCACUUCUCUUCACCCUCCAUCUGAAACACUCUGUUUAAGAUCCUGUCUCUUUAAGGGCCCAGUCUGCUCUGAUUGGUCACCUACCACAGGCCUGAGCAGGACACUGCCUACAGUCUGUUCAGCUCUGUAGGUUUUUUUGCAACCAGAGUCACUGUAACCUAGUUUUGCUGCACCACUACCGUGAAUAUCAACACAAGAACCACUUUGUAAAUAAAAACCACCACUAAUGUUAGAACAGGUAAAUGUUUGGACUCGCUACCCAGCAGAACAAUCACAGCAUUAGUUGUUGUUGCAGAACAAAUUAUUUCCUUUGGUUUUACCACUUUUUCACAUGCGAGGAUCCCGCACUUAUAAAAAGGUUUGUAAAACAACAAAGCAAUUUCUAGCUGAGCGGGAGCUGCAUUAUCACAUUGAAGAAAAAGGCUAAAUGAAAAUAGUUGCUAAUCGCUAUUUAGUUGGCUUAAAAUGAAGUUUCACAUCCACAUAGAUUCUCUUGACUCUCCCUCAGUAUUACAACAUCAGUCAAACAUGGCCCCAGACUGUGGCAGUAAUCAACAUGACCGACAUUAGCUGAGUAAGUAAUGCUAACGGCCGAUUUAACAAGCUAGUAAAGAAAAUGAACGAUAAAGCAACACGUUUCCAUUUACAUCUAGACGCUGUUGUCCAAAGCAAAGUACAAUGAGUAAAACUGUCACAAGAAAGAAACCACAAGAAAUCACUGUUGAUAAAGUAAGAAUGAAAAAGCAGAAACAAUUUUCAGGCCCUUGUCUGAGCAUAACAAACGAAACAUGAGAAACAAACAGCCGGUAUCGAUCCAUCUUGUGCUUUUACUGUUGCCAUCACUCAUGGACGAUGCUGGAAUUGGUACACUUUGCUCUGACCUUUCACAUCUUUGUGUUCCCAAAGAUUGGUAUUGUACAAAUGUGUUACAUGAUGACUAAUGGAAGAGACGGCUGGACUACAAACAAAGCCUUUCAGGCAGUUUAAGAGUACAAUUCCCAGCAAUUCAGGCUUUGUAACAUCACAGAUGUUUGACAUUCAUAUAUGAAACACCAAAUGUAAGGGAAGACCUGAAAAGUACAAUAUGGCCUCUUUGACUGAGCUUCAGUAAUGUAGUAAUAGAAAGCAGCAUGUUGCAAAGGAACGUUCUGCCCUAUUUUCAAAAAACGUCGGCAUUUUCACUCCACUGGAGUUUGCAGGCCCGACUCCUGAUAAAUGACGGUUUUAUAAGAACAAUCAAUACGUCGGUUUGUGUGGAUAUAGCAUUUUGCCACGAAGCUCUGAGUUUGUUUUCAUCCCAGUUUUACCAGGCUGUGAACUGAACCCUUUUUGGCCUAACACUCCUCAUCAUCAUUCUUUGAUAUAUCAGUGUGUUUGAGAAGUGGACUUUCAGUCUUACAGUCAGAUUGUAGCUAAAAUGAUCCCGUCUGUUCACAUCUGUACUGCUGUUAGAUAGAAUAAAGCCAACGUUUUGAGGGCGCUCGCCCACUGUGUGUCUGUCUGUACAUUCAAUUCAGUGCCAGGGAAGAUUACACUGCAUUACUUUCAGAGUGCUGUAGGUGCACCACUCCACUGUUUCACUCCAAAGAGAUUUACUAUCAUCAUUUUCUUUUUCUUUGGUUAUAGAUUCCUCGGCAUGCAAUUUGCCUUUUCACACACAGCGCUCCCAGACAUCGUUGUGUCUCUCCUUUGCUGAUGGAUGUUGUUGUCUAGACUGUACCGAAGCUGUAUUUGUUCCCGCGCCGCAUCGUGUAAACUCGUUUCUUUGUACAAUGUUCAUUAUGAAUGUUUGCUUGUCGAACUUGCUCAGUGUCACAUCUGUCCCUCCUCUGAGGUGUCACGGUGAUCACAAAGUGCCAUGAAAAAGUGCUUUGUUAUCAUAUUAUAUAUAAAAAAAAUAUAUUUUGUAAUGUA